AUGAGUACAGAACGAGAAGCGGAGCCACAGCUUACAGAACAAUUAACUUAUCGCUCCGUGUCUAGGGUGGCCAAAUUAGCUGCCCUCUUGGAGGAUAGGCGUGACGGCCUCCCCGCCCCUCCUGGGCCCCGCUGCCCGCUCGGCCAACAACGUGUCCACUUAACUGUGACAUGGGACCAGCGGCGGGUCGAUAUUGCAGCGAAAAUAGCAUACGAAGCGACCACCUGCACCUAUUCCGACUAUCGUAGCAAGAGUCUCCUCUCCCCCCUCCGACUUGGGCAGUUGUCGCGAUUAGGGGGAAGCUUCCGU